AUGAGCUUGAAAGAAGUAUUCGAACAACAUCCAUGGAGGUCAUUUAAGAAGUUCAAUGAAGCUGCAAAGAGUUGGGGAUUUACUAACAGAGCUGAAGUUAAAAAGUUCUUUGACAAAAAUGUUGUACAUCAAACAAAAAUAAACCCUUACGACUACUUUUUACCAAUUUACUCCAACACUCCUGACGCAUACCAAUUUGACACUCUCAUUCAAAGCAGAAAAGGAGGACAUAAACCAUUUUUGAUUUUCAUUAAUGUUAACACUCGUAAAGCAUAUGCAUAUCCAAUGAAAAAUAAAGGAACUCGUGAAGUGUUAAGAGUUUUACAAAAGUUUGUAGCAGAACAUAACCCAAGUACUUUAACAUCAGACCAAGACGGUGCAUCCCUCAGCAAUGAAAUCACAGAAUUUCUCAUUAAGCAUAACAUAACUCACUACACUACUGAAGACCAUAACCACAACAUACUCGGCAUCAUAAACCGCUUCAUAAGAACGCUCAGAGAUUUAAACCAAGAGUGA